AUGUCUUCCGAGCCCAUCAGCCUCCAAAUGGCCGAUCCUCUGACCAUAGGGCGCUACAUCGCAGCCGCCACUCGCAGCGUACAAGACGCAGAAGUAGUAAUUGACAAGGUAGCCAAUGCGAAAGUUCCGAGCAGAUCAAGGGAGCUCUCGAGGAAGGUCUUGAGCGCUACUAACCAAGUCAUCCGUGUAGUUGAGGGUAUAGCAGAGCUGGAUCCUGUGGCGAAGGCUGUUGUGACUGUGUUCAAGGCCAUUGUGCAACUCGAAGCUACACGGCGCGAUAACGAUGAACGAAUUCUUGUUGUUCAUCAUACUAUGAGCUUGUCUAUUUUCGCGCUGCGGUAUCUGGCAGAUAUCAUGAUCACCGAGGGUGUCAUAGAAGCAUUAGAGGGACCAUUACAAAAGAUGAAGAAGACUACAGAGAGCUUUGGCAACUUUGCUGCACUGUAUUAUUCCGAGAGACGCAUUGUGCGCUUUCUCAAAGCCGCAGACAUGCGCGAGAAGUUGCAUAAGUAUGCUGCAGACUUCAGCGCACACAAGAAUGAAGUGCACGAUGUGAUAAGAAUUCAGACCGCAGUGACCAUCGUCGAUAUACGGACACAAAUUGAUGUCAUCGGAGGCAGCCUGUUCAAAAUUCUCUCUACGCUAGGCGAGGAUGGAAGGAGGGAAAAGGAGGCGGCCAAGCUGGUGCAGAUGUAUGGGUCUGUCGAAGCUGUCCUUUCGAAUGACACAUGGCUAUCCGAGGUUGCACGAAAACUGGGCGAGAAGAUGAAUCAGAGUAUCAGGAUGGACCUGCACCAAGACCUUGACCAGCUUCUUGCUGGAAACGAGGAACAAUGGAAGAAGAAGAUGGGUGGUGCUGUUAUUCAGAUCACCGAUGCCGUGGACAGGUCGAGGAACGCUAUACUACGGCAGUUAAAUGAAGGCCCUCACGAGCUACUUCAAGAUGAAGACAUCAAGAAGAUAUGGAAAGGUGUGAAAUGGAGGAAUAGCGUCAAGCGCCGCGUGUUCGUGGACGCAAUACACGAUCACUACCACCAGAAGUUUCAGGAACACUUCAUCGAGAAAGGGACAUUACACCCUGAUUACUGGACUCUUCAGAUCCUCUCGAAAGUCAUGUUUCAUUCGGCCAUCGGAGAUGCCGUCGACGAUGACAGCAGUGGUUUCGUCUCCGUGUACGAGACAAACAACUUUCUGUUCCGUCGUCCAUCGAAGUGGAGCGUGCCAGAAUGGUUUGCUUUCUGGGCACAGGGAUGGUCUGACGCCAACCUCAUAUAUUGUGAUCGCAUACAGGAAGCUCUCUACGAGAUCAAACGUUCUGCUCGAUCUGUCAAACCCGAGAAUAAAGAGGACAUCAAGAAACUGUUGAAGCUUGUAUCCUCAUUCCUCCAUGCCAUCGUACCCUGGUCACUGGACGCUGAAGACCUGGAUUUCCCGAGUGUGCGAGUGGAGGACGAAGCUUACGCUGAGGAACUAGGGCACCUACAACGUGAGUACGCCGAAAUGCAAGAACAAAGAAUACAGCCACUUUUAGACGACACGGUUAUCGACGACGAGGCUUCCUUGACCGCAAUCAUUGGCCACUCUCGCAUUGAAAUCUCAAUUAUGCCGCUGAUGUGUGCUUGGCUAAACACACUUCACAACGUUGUCAGAAAUGCGGAACACCAGCUGAUAGAAGAUACAGAAGACGAAGACCCGCUGAACGUGCUCAAAGUCGAGAUGGUCACGAUCUUGUAUAUUUUCCAUUCAAGGAUGCAGGAACUCGGGCGUGUAUGGCGUCAGCAGCGAAUGAGCGUGACGGUUCAAGUUGAAUCUUUUUGUGGGGGCAUAUUUAGUACAUGGUAUGAAAAGUCUCAAAAAUCUGAUAAUGUGCUGAAGAGGCUCAUGUUGGAAGUUGACGGCGAAGACGAUGACGACGACGUUGAUGAGGCUUUGAGCCAUAGUGGGAUUGACAAUGUUCAGGGCCCCGGGCCUGCCCCAAGUACUAUUGCUACUGAUUACCAGGAGACAGCGCCCGAAGAACGACUGAAGGGCGACCUGGAUCAAAAGGUGCAACAAGUUUGGAAGCGAGUUGUAUCUUUGGAUGCACGUCUUGGAAACAUCGAGAGCAUGCUUCGCGCCUUGUCCCCAAAAGCAGACAAUGUGCUAUGCCUGCAGGUUGACGGCGAGGACGACGGUGAGAACGCCGAUAAGGACGAUGAUGAAAAUGGUGAGAAUGAAGGUGAUCAAAAGCGUGAACCUACCCCAAACAUCGUCGGGACCGAUGAUGCACCUCAAGAAAGGUUGACGGGCGACCUUGACCAAAAGAGUCUGCUUCGUCCCUCGGUGAUUGCCAGCAGUGGGCAGAACACAAAUGUGGUUUCCUCUGCGAACCCGCCGAUCGACCGUGACGGACCCCUUGGUUUCUAUAUAACGGCCAUGGCGGAAGACGAGCAAGUCAAACGCGGAGUAUUCGAAGUGGAGCCUGAGGAUGUAGAAGGGGGUGGAGCGAACAAGUUCGGAAGAAGGUAA